AUGGGUAACUCACAAGGGAAACCGGUGUCCUCCACCGAUGAGGUGAACUUAAACCAAUUUCGCCUUCUUCGAGUGGUAGGCAAAGGUGCUUUCGGAAAGGUCCGCAUCGUGGAGAAGAAGGAUACCGGCCUGACAUUUGCUCUAAAGUAUAUUCGGAAAGAAGAAGUUGUGCGAUCGGAGAGCGUGAGGAACAUCAUUCGAGAACGACGAAUGCUCGAACACUUAAACCAUCCCUUUCUUUGCAACUUGAGAUACAGUUUCCAAGACAUCGAGUACAUAUAUAUCGUGGUUGAUUUGAUGAACGGCGGUGAUUUGCGAUUCCAUAUCUCAAGAAAGUGCUUUACAGAAGAGGCAGUACGCUUCUGGAUGGCAGAACUCGGUUGUGCUUUGAGAUACAUCCACUCACAAGGUAUCAUCCAUCGAGACGUGAAGCCAGACAAUGUGUUGCUAGAUUCGGAAGGGCAUGUACAUUUGGCGGAUUUCAAUGUGGCAUCCGAUUUUCGACCGGGCAAGCCCCUCACAAGCAAGUCAGGAACCUUGGCGUAUCUGGCUCCGGAGGUGUACGAAGGCGGAGGUUAUUACUGUGAAGUCGAUUGGUGGUCGCUCGGUGUUACAUUUUACGAAUGCAUUUAUAACAAGCGACCAUUCGAAGGUCGCAGCCAGGACGUCCUUAGCGAGAACAUCAAAAAGGCUCAACCAAAAUACUACGUCACCAACCCGGCUGUUUCAGUUCCGUGUCUGCGAGCAAUGUCGGCGCUGCUGGAGAAAGACAGAAGCAAACGAAUAGGGGCCACUGGAUUUGACACUUUCACUUCGCAUAUGUUCUUCGCAGAGAUCGACUUCGUUGCUCUGGAACGAAAGGAAGUUCCGCCUGUUUUCCGACCUUCUAGCGACAAGACCAACUUUGACGCCACAUAUGAUUUGGAAGAGCUUCUCCUCGAGGAGGCGCCUCUGGAGGCUCGGGCACGGAGACAAAAGCCAAGGGCGGAAUUGAGAGAGGAUGCAACGGCGAAGGAAAUCAGAGAGGAUGAGCUUCACCGUCUGAUCGAGACGAUGUUUGAACCAUUCGACUACACCACAGUUACAUAUCAAGGGUAUGUCCGGGAGUUGCAGGCGCAGGAUCUAUCUGGGUUCCGUGCUAACGGAGUUUUCAGCAAUGCUGCUGAGGCAAUCGCAGCGUCAAAGAAUCCUGAGGAUUGUCUCCCCACCACCACGUCUUCAGCCCACGCUCGUCAUUAUUCACAGCCUGACACCUCGAGGAACUCGCCGACCUCACGCACUGAGGGUUCUGCCGGUCACUUGACCCAACCCGACAAUGCCAGUCAGGGUGAGGCGUACGACUCGCCAGACCAUACGCCAAACGCGCAGCCUCCGUCUCCAGCUCCUCCCCAGCCUCCCCCACCCGCUCCCUCGUUCUCUCGGCCGCUUCCGCCCCCUGGCCCCAAUCGCCCACGAGGAGCCACCCGCAAGACAAGUAAGGGCGGAGGUGUCCAGAUGGUCUUGGAAGAAGCGGGUAGUUGGAGUGAGCUCGCCGACCACAGCUCUACUCUUCCCGCCGAGGGCUACGAUAGUGCGUCAGUUAAGGGGAAGUCCUCCAAUAGUGGUAUGCUCGCAUUCUUGAGCCGCAAGAAGGGGCGUGACAGAAGCCCGAAACCUCAGGAACCAGGCGUUUUGGGCAAGGAAGGAGCGAGACAAAUUAUCAGUUGA